AUGGAGCCGCCGCGGUACCGCGGUAAAAAGAAGCGCUUGACCGAGAUGGCAUUGUCCGAUGUGACUGGGACGUCGGUGAAGUCGUGGCUGGUCUUUGCCCUUCCCUCGGUGCUUUACUCGCUGAACAACAAUCUCGACAUGCUGAACAACCAGCAUAUGGACCCAGCCACUGAACAGGUUUUAGUACAGGCCAAAAUACUUACGACCGGGGUAGUCUGGUGGUGGGUGUUUGGUCGCGAGAUGGGAGUGAGGAAGUGGUGCGGACUGCUUCUGCUCUUCGUCGGUGCCGUGUCUGCGGGCUGGCCACAAGAAGCGCCAGCGGAGGGGAAGAGGAUGCACAUCGACUCGUUCGGCGUGUUUCUGAUUCUGAUAUAUGUUUGGGUCUCCGCGUCUGCAGGCGUCUACAACGAAUGGCUUUACAAGAACUUUAGCAAAGACGAAAAUAUUCACUCGUGCAAUGUACGACUCUACAUCAUCGGCUGUGCAGUCAAUCUGUCGGCCCAUCUUUCUCGAGAUCCAAGUGUAGCUGGCUUGCAGAGUCUGUUCACCGGCUACAACAGAUACUGUUGGGGGCUUGUCGCAACCUACUCCUUCAUGGGGCUGCUCAUUGCCCAGGUGAUGAAGUACUUGGACAGCAUCGUCAAGCUCUACAUUUCUGGGUGCUCCAUGUACGUGUCUGCAGCUCUGUCCUGGAUCAUUUUCGGAUACUUACCCACCACGAACUUUGUGAUGGGGAUGAUAUUGGUCACCAUUGCCAUGGUCAUCUACAACUUGGAGCAGCUGCUCCCGAAGGGCAAGAAGCAGUGA